GUCUGUGGAUGCUCCAGGUCCUCAGGCUGCUGGCUGGCCGUCAGUGGGCGCGUCGCGGCCAUGCAGUCGUCCAUUCACAAUGCGUGGUCGACAAACGCCUGUACGAAUGCUCCGAAACGCGGGCCCUCGUCAGCGAGCUGCCGGUCGGACAGGCAGGCGCGCCCCGCCAUAGAGUUCGAGCAGGCCGCCCAGGCGAAACCGAAGGACUGGCAGCUGCCUAAGCGAGGGCGAGGCAUAGAGGUAUGCGCCUGGCUGCGAGACGGCCUCGGCAUCGAGGAACACACGUACGCCUCGGACCAGGACGCCAUUGACUCCGUCGUACGCGGCGCAGCGAGCAGGGGCAAUACGAACAUUCUUUCCUCGCUGUACGACGAGGGGUUGUGGGAUCCACGACAGUGCAGGCUGUGCGUCCCGGCAGCCGACGAGGGCGGUUACCUGCUUGACCUCGUAAAGUCUUUCAUCGUCCACCUAAGCUGGUACCCGAGCCUCGCGGAGGAGCUGUUCCAGGACCAGGAGCACGAGGAGAAUUUGGCGCUGCAGGAGCUGACGUGCGCGCCGAAAUCGAGGAGGCACGAGAAGGUGGGUAUCGCCAAGAACCCGCUGGCGAGGGAGCUCACCCAGAGGACCUGCCUGCUGUCCAACCUGCUGCUCGUGAACACACCGAUGGCGGCGCGGGUUCUGGACGACGCGGCCGAAGAGAUGGUGGUUUUCCGCAACAGCGGCCAUCACAAUCCCAACCCUGUGCGCAGGUACAAGGUCAGGCCGUUCCCGUUCGCCCACGACACGCUGUACGUGAAGAGGUACAUCAAGGAGAGGUACAUCAGCAAACACAUCAAGUAUGACAGAGACAGCAGGGAGCUGCAGCUCCAGGAUGCCGAGAAGCCGACGCCGACCUCCGCAGAGGCGAAGGUCACGCUCCCGAAGGGAUGCCGCGCAGACGUCCUCAUACCACUGAACGCGGAGACGUUCAGCUUUGUGUACCCGUGCUCGAAGCUGCCACUCGGUGGGUGGCUCUACCUUGACGGCCUCGCAAGGCCGCUGGUGGUAAACCAGAUCUGCAAGUCUGCUGGGCAUCAGGCGUUCGCCUUCGGGGCGCCAGAGUCCCUGAGCAAGGAUGCCACCGCGCACAUCGACCGCGACCUCCACCCUCUCCCUGAGGGCCACCCUCAUGACUGCGAUGUGCCCGACGGCAAGGGAGGCACCAUAAAAGCCAUCCGCUUCGCAUGGGUCAUGGAGGUGCCCGACGCAGAGCUGAAGCAGAAGAUACCUUUGGGCGGCUUCGCCUACGAGUUUUCGGACCCGGCGUGGAACACGAUCUUCCCCAUCCAGGAGGUCGGCGAGGUCCUGAGGAUGGCCAAUUUGUCGUGGGAUGUGAACGCCCACGCGCUGGCCAGGAAGCCUGGCGGGGAUGUUGUCGAGCGCUACGUCGCCCCGCCCGGGGAGCACCGAGCUGCUCCCGUAACCAUCAAGCGGAUCACCGCGCCCGAUGUGCUUCACCCCGUGAUGUUGCACGCGCUUGCGUUCACGCCACGAGAGGACGUGCUCAGGACAGCCGUCGCGCAGGCGAUCUCCCUCGCCGCGUUCAAUCGCGCCUGGCCGCUCUACGUUCAGCAGUUCACCUUCGACCUUCUGAGUGCUGUUGCCCUGUUCUACAUCGCUUGGCAAGUGCACUGGCAGAUCGGCAAAGGAGAGGCUUACUGGAGUUUUGAGCUGAGUAAUGCUUGGGCGGUCAGUGAAGUCGCCGUUGUUGCUAUAGUGCUGCUGAAAAAUGUUCACGAUGAGAUCCGCAAGUUCAUCGGCUUCUGGAGGUGCGGAUGGAUGCACGAGUACAUGAACAUGAACACGUUUAAAAAUCUCGGGAGCGUGGCCGCGGUAGCUGCUUUGCUAGUGUUGCUCGUUGUGCCGAACACUCCAGAAGACCAGGGGUACCUUCGGACGCUGCUAGCGGCUGCGGGCUUCUUCAAGUGGAUCAAGAUCGUCACCUACCUUCGCGGGCUCCAGACGCUCCGACUAGGGCAGAAGUUCCUCCCAAUACAUUACACUCUCCAGGAAGGAGUGUCAUUCCUUGCGGUCAUGGUUUUCUUCAUUCUGGCCGCGUGGCACGCCCUCUAUGCGCUCUACCCAGAGGAAGAAGUAUCUUGGAUUGGUUUAUUCCGACAGACGUACGAAUUGGGAUUUCUGGGUGAAUUCGCGGCGGAUAACCUAUUGGGCAAAUCGGCAAAUGAUGGGACGAGUUCUUGGGCGUGGGUGCAACAAAUCACUUUUUUAGUCGCUGCUAUGCUUGUGGUUGUCAUGCUCACGAACAUUUACAUCGGUGUCAUGGGCAACGCGUACAAUCACAACCACGGGAAAGCCCUGGAGCUGUUCGUGCGCGCCCGCGCAUCCAUCUGCCUCGACAUCUCUUUGCAAUACGGCGGCGCAUGGCUGGCAGUGUGCCGUAACAGGAACGGGCCACCUCUCCAGGGAUGCCUCCGUGACAAGGGCCUGCGUGUUUCUGAUCCGUGUCUGGAGGGUGAGGGCGACCUCUUUCACGACGAGGGGCGACGAGGAACGGCCUCGGCGUUUCUUGACGAGCACGUGUGGUUCUGUUGCGCCGAUUCGAACUACAAUCUGGGUAUGAGGGCGGAAGACACUGGAACCACGUCGGUGCACCAGAUGCGCGAGCUGCAAAAGGCGGUGGGGAGGGCGCAGGAGAUGCUGCAGCAGUUGCGGCACCUGCCCGAGCAGGUGCAUCUGCUCGCGGAGGGGCAGGGCAUCAAUAUUAGCCCGCGCCCUAGCUCGCGACCUCUAACGAGCCAGAUCGUCUCGCCGACAUCGUCGCGGUCUGUUCAGAAGCAGGAUUGAUUUGUUUCGCGUUGAUUUGUACAGGAGCAAUAGUUUUUCAGGCUACCUGACGGGGCAGUCAUGUUUCAAUGUGGGGCACUUGCGCAUUCGAGCCAUCGUAUGGCUUAUCUCGAAGAUCCUCCCUUCGGAAUGUUUCACUCGUGUGAAGCUUGCGACGCCUAGCCCGAAUCGCUGAAUCUGCUGCAGCGCUGGCAGGUAUGUGCUGGCCGUGAGAAGACCCAGCGAUUGCUGGGCCGAUCAGUGGCCCCCGUUUCUCGGCAAAAUAGAGCGAGACGUCCUCGCGCAGCAGGGCGCUCGCAGCGCAGGGCGAGCAGACGCUGGUGAGGCUCGGUGUGCGCAGCUCGUUUGAAUUGCCCGCCUGGCCCUAAAUGAAUGCUCUUCGUGAUACACGAUGGUCGUUGCAAAAAGGUAUUUCUGGAUUCCCAGAUCCCAAUCAACUUCAAGCGCCUUCCUACUUCAAUAAUCGAUCUGCUUUUGCUGCGUUUUGUUAUUCUCUGGGAAGGCCUGAACCCAAUCUACUUCAUCCGCCUUCCUACUUCAAGUUCCCACCCACUUCUUCCGACCGACUGUUUUUGUAAUUAGGGUUUCGGUCCUCGAUGCAGGCUUAUCCCAACCUUGGUGGGCCUGAGUGCUGAGAGAUCGGCAUUUACUCGACCUCGCCCCUCUAGCGGCAUCAGUAUUUUGCGGCGCAGAGCCCUCGCCAAAUGUGCGCCCGAUCUGCAUAUGAUCUUCAGGCAGGAGUAUCUAUUAUGACGUGCAUGCGCGAGCACUCUCUAUGAGUUUUCAUGCUUCUCAGCACGGAGGUGCGCAUUUUCAAGCAUCAUGGCAAUAACUCCACAGUCAGCUGAUGACCACAACAGAAGAGGCCCACAAGGCGGCCGAAGAGAACGUUACGGUUGCAAUCGUUGCAAGCAGAUCCCGACGGAGCGACCUGAUUGUGCACGACCAGCCUGCACUGGCGACAAAAACAAAUCCCGCCGGCGGGAGCGCAAUAUGAGGGUCUCGGCAUUCCGCCUCGCCUCCGAGUCUACCUGUCCGACUGCUCGUCCGCCUCGAGUGCUUCUCGCCCACUCUCCC